GGUCCAGGGGUCCGCCCUCAGGGGAGCAGAGCCCGAUGAGUCAGGUGUGAAGCCAGCCCCAGCAUCUGCACUCCCUCCAGCAGCCAGCUGCCUGCCAUCUCCUCCUCUCCUGUCCUUAUUUGGAGCCCUUGACAGCUGAGCUACAAACAGACCCGGGAGCUGGGCGCCGGCCAGCCGUCACCCUCUGCUUCCCCGCGUGGGUCCUGUUGCCCAGGAGAAAGAAUCCCGCGGCACGGUGGCACUAAGAUAACCAAGGACUCUUGCUCUUCUCACACCUUUGAAGUGGGGCCCUCUUGAGGCAAAUCAGCAAGAAUGUGGCUCUUGCAGCAGAGGGUCUGGGGGCCUGCUGAGACUGCCCAAGGCGGAGGGGCUGUGAAAGCUCUGCUGGACUGAUAACUUUAAAAGGGCAUCUUCUGCUGUCUACUCACGCUGCCGCUUUAUCACUGCAAGUGACACAAUGGGGAGGGUUCUAGCCCUCCUGCACUCCCCAAGAGCUGGGGGGCUAUAAAAACAGGAGGCGCUGGGCAGCUGGGAGACAGUGACAGAGGAAGGCUGAGAGGGGAGCCAGAGAGGACCGAGAAGAGGCAGCAAGCGCCAGAUCGCUUCUUGACCAGAGUCGGCAUGGGCUCCUUCUCCAUCACUGUGGGCCUCCUCCUCUUCCUUGCAUUUCAGCUUCCAGGCCAAGCCCAAGCCAACCCCGUGUACAAUGGCAUGUCGAACACAGACCUGGUGGAUUUCAAGAAUUUGCUGGACCACCUGGAGGAGAAGAUGCCUUUAGAAGAUGAAGUGAUAAUGCCCCAAGUCGCAAGCGAGCAGAACGAAGAAGCGGGGGCCAUUCUGAGCGUCCUCCCUGAGGCACCUUCCUGGACUGGGGAGGCCAACCCCGUGCAAAGGGAUGGGGGUGCCCUUGGGCGAGGCCCCUGGGACUCCUCCGAUAGAUCUGCCCUCCUGAAAAGCAAGCUGAGGGCACUGCUCACUGCCCCUCGGAGCCUGCGGAGGUCCAGCUGCUUCGGGGGCAGGAUCGACAGGAUUGGAACCCAGAGUGGCCUGGGCUGCAACAGCUUCCGGUACCGAAGAUAACAGCCAGGGAAGAAAAGGUUGGCCAGGCCCUGGGAGGAGACCGAAGGAGACCCUCCUCCUCCCCCGGGGUCUCUCCCGAAGUGAGGUCUCCUGUCAUUGUCGAGUUGUGAUGAGCACCGAUUGGAGCUGCCGCCUCCCGCCAGCAUUUCUCACGUUGUGCUGCAUGUAGCCAAAAUGGUUUCAUUGUGGUUUUCCCACCUCGCCCACCCCACGCUUUACCGCAGAGCCUCACCUGUUACUGACAGCAGUUGGCAAAAUGAAUAAAUUUCAGCACCACGGACAGAAGCCAGUGGCAAACUCUUGUGAUUUCUCUCUCCCAGGUCCCACAGUUCUGGUGAUUUUACCCUCUGUGA